CUUUCAAACAAGUACGAUUUAUUAAAACCGAAAAACCAAAACCAGACCACCACCACUCCUAAACACUCUCUAUAAAAUGCCCGGCGUAAUCAUAUCUGACAUAUUCACACAACACACUUUGAAAUAGCUUAUCUAAGCCAGAGAGCACCACCAACAAACACAAUAAUGGCACCUAAUUUCAAGGUCGAAAUCACUUCUGCCGAAUCCGUGAAACCAUCUUCUCCAACUCCCGACCACCUUCGAGCCCACAACCUCACGAUUCUCGACCAAACCGCGCCUCACGCAUACGUCCCGCUCUGCCUCUUCUUUCCCCGCCGUCGUGCUUCUUCCUACGACCAAGAUUCCUUCGCCGAAACCCUCAGAGAUUCCCUCUCAAACACCCUCAGCGUCUACUACCCGCUCGCCGGCCGGUACAAGGACGCCUUCUCCGUCGACUGCAACGACGCCGGGGCCCACUUCGUUCGAGCCCGCGUGGGCUGCCACUUGUCCGACGCGCUUGGCCAAGAGACGACGGUGGACGAGGACCGCUUGCUGCCGCUGCUCCCGUGCCGUCCUCAGGGGAGGCGCGUGGACUCGGACGGGGAGCUGGUGCUUCUGGCCGUACAGGUCAGCUUCUUCGAGUGCGGCGGAGUGAGCGUCGGCGUGUGUGCGUGGCACGGCGUCUCCGAUGCUUGUACGCUCGCUUGCUUCCUCAGGACGUGGAGCGGGUUCGCGAUGAAAGUUGCUGCGCUACACGAGGGCGGAAACGGCGGCGUCGCUGUGGUGGUUCGGGAUUGCACCGACGUGUUCCCGCCGAGGGACCUCUCCGUGGCGAGCGAGUGCUUGGAGAGGUUUCAAGCCGCGGUGGCGACUCCCGGCACGAGGAUCAAGAGGUUCGUUUUCGGAAGGGACGAAGUAGCGGCUCUUCGACGGGACAUCGAGGCCGCGAGCUCGCAGCGUCCCAGCCGCGUGCAGGCGGUGUCGGCGGUCAUUUGGGCAGCCGCGAUCAAGAUAGCACGAGACAAGAAGGAGGGUCGUCGUCGAUAUCACAUAGCGGCAAUGACGACCAACUUGAGGUCGAGGAUGAAACCUGCCCUGCCGGAGCAAGCGAUGGGGAACCUCGUCCAGAUCCCGGUUUUCGCCGAAUGGCCAGUGGAUAACGACGACGACGAGAACGACUACGGCGCUGUGGCGGGGAAGCUGAGGGAGUCGGUGAAGAUGGUGAACGACGAGAACAUGAGGGAAGCGACGGGAAGUGGAUUUCUCGACGUGUUGAGGCGGUUUGUGGAGGAGUAUGCUGGAGGGAAUCUGUUGGCGAUAAGCAGCUGGUGCAGGUUCCCGUUCUAUGAGGUGGAUUUUGGAAUUGGGAAGCCGGUUUGGAUGUGCUUCUUUACGAUGUGUUAUAAUCUUGUGGUGCUGUUGGAUGCUGAGGAUGGGGUUGGGGUUGAAGCGUGGGUUACGUUGAGUGAGGAGGACAUGUCGAAAUUCGAGAAGGAUGUUGGGGUGCUGAAAUAUGCCGCUUGCUCCAAGAGUAUUGUGGGUGUGCGUCAUUAGGUAUAAGAUGUUGGACAAGAAGACCUCUUCCAGAUCAGGGGAGGCCUUGUGAAGAAGGCUGAGGUCGUUGAAGGAGUUUGGCGCCAGUAUUUCGACUUUAAGUUCAUUUAGUCUGAGUCCAAAUAAAACUGUGUCGUUUGGUGUUUUCCAGUUUAGUACUUGGUCUUUGAAUUUGGUCAAAGUAGUCAGUGACCGUUGUUAAAACAGCUUGAGCUAGUUUUCAGCUGUUAAUUAGUUUUGUUGCGGAUCUGCAGGAGAGUGGGAUUGAGGUCGUUUGUUGAGGCCGAUUCCCUUGGAUCGUUUGUGUAUAUAUACUCUCCAUCCAUCAAUAAACAAAAUGUCAGAUU